AUGGACGACAAGAUCUCAAUUACCAUCUGUGGCGACGGCGGUUGUGGUAUGUACCUCUCAAUCGCACCUGCCACAAUUCCAUCUAACGCAAUGCGCUANGGUAAAUCAUCAAUCACACUACGUAUCGUCCGUUCCGCCUGGACUCACGACUACGAUCCCACAAUCGAAGACUCGUACUCGGUCACGCGCACCAUCAAUGGCCAGACCUACUCCCUCUUCCUCACCGAUACUGCAGGCCAGGAAGAAUACCGUGGCAUGUGGUCUGCCGCAAACCUGACCUCCGACGCCUUCCUGCUCGUGUACGACAUUACCAACGCCCAAUCGUUGCAGAACCUCGACUUCUUUGCCGAAUUGAUUGAUAUGGAGAGGGAAAACAGACAAGAGCAAGGAAAGUGCUGGCCUGCCAUCAUGGUUGCUGGAAACAAAUGCGAUCUUCAAGGCCAGAGACAAGUCGGCGCUGCCGAAGGUUUGGAGUGGGCAAAGAGCAGAGGCUGCGGUUUCAUGGAGACAUCGGCGCGUGAGGUCGUUAACAUCGAGGAGACUUUUGCAUGUAAGCUUCAGCCCUCCAUAAUCAAUCGGAGGCAAACAGCAGAAACUGACAUGACACANGCAAUCGUCAAGCGCGUAGUCGAGGCCAGAGAACAGCACGCAGCAGGCCAGCGACCGGUCUUUCCUUCCCUCGUCAAUCCCACACCCGCCUCCCAGCGAGUCUCAGCAGCAACCGAAACACAUCAAUCCGCUCCUGCGCCUAACAUCACCAGCGAGUCUGAAAAGCUGCGAUUCUCCGAGUCUGAAUCUGCAGCUACAUCGCCACAAAAGAAGAAGAAGGGUGGUUUCUUCUCAAGUCUGAAGUGCUGGUAG